CUGCUGGACAACUACGACAGCUUCACCUACAACCUGUAUCAGUAUCUUUCAGAGCUGGGGGCCGACGUUACCGUCAUCCGCAACGACAAAACCACCAUCGAGGACAUUGAAGGAAUGGCGCCGGAAGGUAUUGUCAUCUCACCGGGGCCCUGCACCCCAAGCGAGGCAGGAAUCUCCAACGAUGUCAUCCGUCACUUCGGAGCGAAGUUGCCGGUGCUGGGCGUGUGCCUGGGACACCAGUGCAUCGGCGAAGCCUAUGGGGCUACUGUGGACCGGGCCGGCGAGAUACGCCACGGAAAAACCUCGAUGGCGAUCCGCUACCACAGCCUGGUCAUCUAUCCCGAAACUCUGCCGGACUGUCUUGAGGUUACGGCUCGCACGGAUAACGGCCUGAUCAUGGGCGUGCGCCACACCGAAUAUCCGGUGGAGGGAGUCCAAUUCCACCCGGAAUCCAUCAUGACCAAAGUCGGACACGACCUGUUGCGCAAUUACCUGCAUGCGGUGGACGCUUUCUGGCGGCGGGAGCCGGCAGGCUAG